UAUGGUUCUCUCCAACAUGGCGGCCUCCUUCCUCGGACCCCUGCGUGUCCUUGGCGGCUCCCUGUCGCCGCGGAACCUGGCGAGAGUCGCUGGGGCCGCCGUGCGCUUCGACCACUACAGGCACCUGGGGACUAGCCACCGGCUGCUGGGUGUUGCUCCAAUUCAAGUGUUAAUGCCUGCACUGUCACCAACAAUGGAAAAGGGGAACAUUGUAAAAUGGCUGAAAAAGGAAGGUGAAACCGUUCAUGCUGGUGAUGCUUUGUGUGAAAUUGAAACAGACAAAGCUGUUAUUACUUUUGACUCAAGCGAAGAUGGUAUUUUAGCAAAAAUCAUGGUGAAGGAAGGUACCAAAGAUGUAAUGUUAGGGUCCUUGCUUGCUCUGCUGGUGGCUGAAGAUGAAGACUGGAAACAAGUUGAAAUACCCACUCAAGAACGUGCUCCAAUGCCUGCCCAAACUGUACCUGCACCAGUGCUGGCAUCUACCUCUAGCAAAGCCCAGCAUUCAGCUGGGAUAGGCGAUGUUCGUUUAAGUCCAGCUGCUAGACAGAUCCUACAAACGCAUGGGCUUGAAAGAGGCAGCACUCCCCCAACUGGACCACGGGGAAUCUUCACAAAAGAGGAUGCCCUGAAUAUAUUGAUGCAAAAAGGCAGCACGUCAGCACAAAUGGCAACAGCUCCUGCCCCUGUUCAGCCUCAUUUGAAGGCACCUCAACCAGCACCAUGUGCCCCUCCAUAUGAUAGACCUUCCACUCCAGCAGUCUCCAUCCCAGGACAGCCGUUGGCUCCGGGCACAUUCUCUGAAAUUCCUUCCAGUAAUGUUCGGCAAGUCAUUGCACGGAGACUAACGGAGUCCAAGACUACUAUCCCCCAUUCAUAUGCCAGUAUUGAUUGUAACAUUGAAAAAGUCUUGAAGACAAAGAAGCAGCUAGCCAAAGAUGACAUCAAGGUCUCUGUGAAUGAUUUCAUUAUCAAGGCAGCUGCUGUCACACUGAAACAAAUGCCAGAUGUGAAUUCCACCUGGAGCAACGAAGGACCUUGUCAGCUCAGCUCUGUUGACAUUUCAGUAGCUGUUGCUACGGACUAUGGCCUUGUUACACCAAUUGUCCAAGAUGCUGCUUCCAAGGGAAUAGAAGAAAUUUCCACCACAGUCAAGGUACUAGCAAAUAAAGCCAAAGCAGGAAAAUUACUACCAGAGGAAUAUCAAGGAGGCUCAUUCAGUAUUUCCAAUUUAGGAAUGUUUGGCAUCAGCGGGUUCAGUGCUGUGAUUAACCCCCCUCAGGCGUGUAUCCUGGCCAUUGGACAGUUGCGCCACGAUCUGACAGUUUCUGAAGAUGAUGCUGGUAACCCCAACCUCUGUCGGAAAGAUAUGAUGAUGGUCACUCUGUCCAGUGACAGCCGAAUUGUAGAUGAUGAACUCGCUUCUCAGUUCUUAGAGAACUUCAGGCUUAACCUGGAGAACCCAAGCCGACUGGCUUUGUUCUAGCCUGCAUCUUCUGAGCUUCAUUUUCUCUAGGACUUGUUGUGAAGCAGAGGGUAACACAUAAUGCACACAGAGUAUAUUUCAUUGCAAGUUCUAUAAUGCUGCAGGGAACUUCACCCUGCCCCAGUUGUUACAUGUACGCAAGAGAAAAUAAAAUUUAUUAUUUAUUUCA